AUGUAUAAAACACUGUAUGACAAAACAGUACAACAGUUGGAGAAAUACAAAACAUACGUGGAAACCAUUCGUGAAAAAAGAAGAGGCGCAGAGUGUGUAGCACCCGAAGAGGAAAACUCAUCCGCAAAACAGACAGAGAAAGAUCGUGGAAGCAGUGCACCAGUAGCAUCAGAUAGCAGCACCGAGCACGAAGAUAUUUUCUGCCGGAUCUGCUACUCGUACGAAAGUCCGCUAGGAUGCCUGAAAGACUUGGUAAGUCCGUGCGGGUGCAAGGGAACGAUAAAAUACGUGCAUAGAUACUGUCUGCGGAUAUGGCGGUUUAAGGGAAAACAGGUGAAGGACAUUAAAGUGUGCGAGCAGUGCUUCUGCGAGUAUGUGGUUGAUGACGAGAAGAGCGUUGGAAAGUCGAUUGUCACAAUAUCAACCAUAGCCAUCAUCCUCUCUAUGCUUAUUCUCACAAGCAUUUUUGUUUCUUCUUCAGCAGACACUGCGGAAUUCAUAGCAAAUGACAUAUACGCGUACAUGUACGGAAACUCAAAAAUGAUCUCUUUUGAUGACCCGAUCAUUAUAUGCAACAUGGAUGCGGUUGUUGCUGAGAAGAACCACCAAAACCCUGCGCGCGCAUCGCACUACACCGUGCAGAAGAUGCAAACUCUGAGCGGCGAGAACGAGCACUUUGCAAGCAUCAAAAAAAGGUACAUUUACACACUGAAGAACAUACACCUGCUCGAUGUAAAAAAAGGAGACUCUUUUACUUCAAUUGCUGCCCUGGGCUGUGCAUACACUAUAAUGUUUGAAGACACGCCGUUUCUGUUUGUUAACUUCCUUCUUUCUUUCUGGCGAGUGAUAUCGUUUGACAAGAUAGUAGACUGGUGCCUCUACGCGGUUGUUAUUGGGUACAUAUACAGCAAAAUAUUUGAAAAGAUAUACAGAUACAUUGACAACUACUGCAUGUACGUUAUAAAUCUAUACUGA